AUGGGUGCCGCCGCUUCCAAGCAGAGCGCAGCUGCGCCAACAACACCAGCACCCGAAGACAAGCAGGCUCACCAUCUCCAGUUCGGGCGAUCGCUGUUGAAUCAGCUGGACAAGACGUCGCUGGACAAGGUGGAGGGACCGGAUGCGACGCGCCAGGUGACGCUCGACACGUCGAUCCAGGCCAAGAUCAAGUCGGAGCUGGAGCGACUGCGCAAGGAGGAGGCGGAGGUGCGUGGCGAGAUCCAAAAGGCCAUCGAGAAGGAGAAUCUGGCGCGCGAGGCAAAGUACACGGGCGCCUCCGAGGGCAAGAACUCCAACGUGCUGCGCCAAGAGCUCGACCAGCUGCGCGGCAAGAUCGACAAGUACAACAAGCAGCGCGACGUGUCCAACUACCCGGGCGUCAAGGAGGCGCAGGAGGCGCUCGUCAAGUGCUACCGGGACAAGCCAGAAAGGACGCUCGACUGCUGGAAGCAGGCCGACGAUUUCAAGCAGGCCGUCGCCAACGCAGAGAAGCACUUUAUCUCGUCCUUCAGCUAG